GCCGCGGCGGCCGGUGAUGACGACAUAUUCACACGACUUGUAGUUCCUGUCGGGCAGCCGGUUUUUGUCGGUGUCGUACACUCGUAUGGCUGGCGGCAGGAUGAAGCUGGAGCUGUCGCGGGUGGUUCAGGGGAGAAGUCGGCUGGGUGUCCUGAAGGGGCUCGGCAGGACGGGGCAGCACUGUGUGGAGGUGCCGGGGUGUCUGCUGUACACACACCUGGGCACUGUGCCACACCUCACCCAGGACACACUGCACACCCUGAGCUACAUCCCCUCUGUCACUCAAGUCACGCUGUCCAAUAUCACCCAGGACGUGUUGGAGGAGUUUAGGAUGGAUUCAGGAAAGUUUGCAGGUCUUCAUGAUACUGUGUUGUACUGCUCGCUUCACGACCCUGCGGCCCCCUGCCCAACAGGUUACACCACAAACAAGACGGUGUCCGUGUGGGGCAGCGGUGGGCGGAUAGAGCUGACGGUGGCCAAGUUCAUGACUCUCCAGAGGGCCGUGCAGCCAGACUGGUACCAGAGCAUGGCAGAUGGAGAAACGUGGCAGAGCAACACCUCACGCAAAAGGGUUCGAAAGUCGGUGGAUCGGACUCUCGCCCACUUGGAUGAGUGUCUGCUGGUGCACCAAAAAUCCCAGGAGUUGGAAGGAGUUGAGGUGUUCGGGGUGGUGGAGGGGGGAGACAUCCUGGAAGAGAGGGUGCGCUCAGCCAGGGAGACCGCCAAGAGGCCUGUAGCAGGAUUCUGCUUGGAUGGCCUCCAGACGGGCUCCAUGGACUGGGCUCUGAGAACCCAGCUCAUCACUGCUGUGACCAAGGAGCUGCCUGAGGACAAACCCAGACUGCUGCAGGGCGUCGGACGACCUGAUGAGGUGCUGGAGUGCGUGGAUGCCGGUGUGGACCUGUUUGAGAGUUUCUUUCCCUUCCAGGUGACAGAGCGAGGCUGCGCUCUCUGCUUCAGCUUUGACGUGUCUCCGGACCCGGAGCGCGCAGGUAGAGCGCCCCCUGCAGUGCUGGAGCUGGACAGAGAGAAGGAGACGCCGGGCGAGACGCAACAGAAUGGAGAUCUUAAUCUGGAUGAUCAAACACAGAUGACAUCCUUUGAGAUCAAUCUCAAAGACAAGAGGUACCAGGGCGACUUCAGGCCCCUGGUGGAGGGGUGUGGCUGCUACUGCUGUAAGAACCACCAGAGGGCAUACCUACACCACCUGCUGGUGACCAAUGAGCUACUGGCUGGAGUCCUGCUCAUGAUCCACAAUACAGCCCACUAUCACGGGUUCUUCAGCGCCCUGAGGGAAGCUCUGGCAAACGAUAAACUGGACCUCCUCAAGAGUCGGGUACUUCGGGUGACAGAUGGGCAGACAGAAAGAAAGGACUAAGAUGAAUAAAUCAGAGAUGGGAGAGAGAUUGAUCUUGCUUUUUCUUCUAAAGGAUCACUGGACUGACUUGGCCAGUGGCAAUCAAAGCUCUAUCUUGCUCUUCCCAGCCCUGUCAGAGGAUGAACCGUGAUACUGCAGAGACCUUGAGACUGAGUCAGUCCAUAUGUUGCUGAACUCAUGUCUCUCAAGCACGUUUAGGAGAGGAGGAUGAAAAGAGAACCGAGCAGAUAAAGACAGCCGUUUGAUGUUUGUCCUUUGGGUUUGUGUCCUGGUUUAACUUUAGGAGGACCGCUCCCUUAAGCUUGUGUAAUGAUCUGUGCUGAUAGCAAGAAGACAGAGUCAGGGUUGUGGUUUCUGAAGAGGGAAAGGAGCUGGAUAAGAGGUCAGGAGGAAUCUGCAUUAAGAAAGAAAUGUGAGGAUGGAUGGAGGUGGACUAUGACUGAAUCCCUUUGUGCCUCCUGUUGUGGUCUGAUUGCUGGGCAGGGGAUGGCUAAUAUCUUCUGGACUCACUGGCAUAGGAAUAGAGCAGAGGGGGAAACAACGAGUGACCAGUUAUUAGAGAGAAAAAAUGAAAAACGUUCUCAUGGUAUACAAUAAAAAGUCAUGUUUUCCUCAAGG